GUACACUGGCAUCGAGUGUACAAGGGAGUGAAACGAAUGCGAUUAAACUUAAAUGGCGGAGGUUUUGGGGAUUCUGUAAUCUUCGUCGUUGUCUUCUUCUACGAUUUCCAUUGUGUUAGGGUUUUCAGCAGUUAUUAUUGAUUUCACCGCUCUUAUUCGAAUCGCGCUUCUUCCAAACCCCACAUUAUUCCCACUGUACCGAUUUCCUUCACUCAGAAAUCGAAAGAACCCCGCGCUCCUUUCGCUCUGUCAAAAGUGGCCAUGACUUAUGCGGAUGAGGAUGGCUCUUCGGGCUCUGGAGACGAUGCAAUCAUGUUGGAUGGACACAAACGCCAUGCUGGCGUGCCAUCUAGUUCCGGUGCCAGCCGGAAGAGAGGAAGGAAAGCUGCUGGUGGUGCUAUAGUGGAUGCCAUGCUGGAGAUAGCUGCUGCUUCGAAGAUGAGGGCAAGUGCAAUUAUGAAGAGUGAGGACAGAUUCUCCGUAAGCAAGUGCAUCAAAUUGUUGGAUGAGACGCAAGAUGCACCAAUAAGCAUGGAAGACAUUGAUCUAGAAUUGGAUGAGAUGGAACUAGUUGCGGCUGCUGCUGGCUACUAUUACUACAGCUGUCUAACCAAGCAACCUUCUCGUUGUCUAUCUCCUAGGAGAUGCGAAUUUGUGUCAGAAGUGCUGAAUGGUCAUGAUGACUACUGCCGGGAAAUGUUGCGGAUGGACAAGCAUGUAUUUCACAAGUUGUGUGACAUUCUCCGUCAACGAGCCAUGCUACGUGAUACUGCAGGUGUAAUGAUAGAGGAGCAAUUAGCAAUAUUUUUAAACAUCAUUGGCCACAACGAACGUAAUAGAGUGAUUCAAGAGCGGUUUCAUCACUCUGGUGAAACCAUUAGCCGCCAUUUUAAUAAUGUAUUGAAGGCUAUUAAAUCACUAUCUCGUGAAGUCUUGCAGCCUCCUCAGCUCACUACACCUCCAGAAGUUAUCAACUGCGCUAGGUUUUUCCCGUAUUUCAAGGAUUGCAUAGGAGUAAUUGAUGGGAUGAGCAUUCCUGCUCAUGUUCCAGCCAAAGAUCAAUCUCGAUUUCGAAAUAAGAAAGGUAUCCUAUCUCAAAAUGUACUGGCAGCCUGCACAUUUGACCUGCAGUUUAUAUUCAUUUAUCCUGGUUGGGAAGGCUCUGUCACAGACUCGCGCGUGUUAAGGGCAGUCCUUGACAACCCAGAUCAGAAUUUCCCGCAAAUACCUGAAGGAAAGUACUACCUUGUAGACUCGGGAUACCUCAAUACAGGAGGGUUUAUUGCUCCUUUUGAAGGUGUUCGAUACCAGCAAUACGAGUUCAGAGGUGCGAAUCAGCUACCCAGAAAUGCAAAGGAGCUGUUCAACCAUAGGCACUGUUUUCUGAGGAAUGCUAUCCUGAGAUCAUUCAAUGUGUUGAAGGCUAGAUUCCCUAUCCUUAAACUUGCUCCUCAGUAUUCCUUUCAGAUUCAGCGGGACAUAGUCAUUGCUGGAUGCGUUCUGCACAACUUCAUCCGCCGCGAGGAAAGGAAUGAGUGGUUAUUUGAUAGCGUUGGAGCAGCACCAGUGGAUGAACCGUCAGACCCCGAUGAUCUACCUGAUGUCCAGUUUCUCUCUUCAAUGCAAGAACAGUUUGCGUACUCGUUAAGGGAUUCAAUUGCUGCAGCUAUGUGGGAUGAUUUCCUUAAUAAAUGGGACGAGUGGUGAUUCUUAGCCACCCAAAUUUCACAACCUUGUGAAUGAUUCUUUUUUGGACUUUAGGUCAAUACUGAUGACCACAGACCACUGACAAUAGAUUUGAUAGUUAGGCCAAUACUCAACAUAUUUUAUUAACAUGAAAUUUUGUAUAGGCCCUUAUAUUUUUACUAAAUGAGAUUAUGGAGGUUGCUUGGGUUACUUAAA